AUGAUGGCCUCCAAAUCCGACAAAACAAAGACGCCUCAACUGGGCAGCGAUGAUCUGGCUACCGUUCUGUGUCUUCCUCUCUUAUCGCCCACUCUGUGUGUUCCGUCGCGAAUCGUCGCUUAUGCUUUCCUUCUCAACGCUAGUGAUGGAGUUCGAUGUAACCUGUCUGGCUCGUUGAUCGCCAAACCGUGCACGCGACAGGAGGUGGAGUUUUACGAAUCCAGCGCCCUCCACCCAAGAGUUCACGACUUUAUGCCCCUCUACAUCGGUUCCCUCUCCUCCGCCGAACAGCAGCAACCGCUGGCGAUUGCUGCUGCCCAGGAAUCGGGCGCAGUCUUCUUGCCUGCAGUAGCCUCCGCAAACCCCACAGUUGAAUCCGCCCAUACUUCGACACCGCAGCCAAGCCAAGAGUCGUCAUCAUCAUCAAUAAUCAAUGGCGGUGCGACCACAGACUCUGCCUGGGUGCCUUCGGGUGGAAAAAAGCUCGACACCGGCCUUUCCAUCGUCCUGGAGAAUGUGGCCUCGGGCUUUCGCCGACCCAAUGUGUUGGAUGUGAAGUUGGGCGCACGAUUAUGGGCGGAUGACGCACCACCUGCAAAGCGCGCCAAACUGGAUGCUGUCGCCAAGGAGACCACUAGCUCCAGCUUGGGAUAUCGCAUCGCCGGAAUGAAGGUCUGGACUGGAGAGAAUGGCGAAACGGACGAAGGCGCUCUCACAGAUCCGUACGCCACAAAGUACGAAGGCCGAGAGGGCGCCAAGGGAGAAGUUAUUGAGAAGCACGGCUAUCGGCGCUAUGACAAAUGGUACGGGCGAUCAUUUACCGAGCAGACGGUCAAGCAGGGCUUUGAAGCCUUUCUUGCAGGGGCAAAGGCGGGCCCAGACGACCGUUCACGCCUGAUCGCACAGAGAAUCGUGGAGGAAAUGCGCAAUCUACAAGAAGCAUUGGAAUCGGAGGAGAGUCGCAUGUACUCUGCAAGUGUAUUGAUUGUGUAUGAAGGUGAUCCGGAGGCGAUGGAGCACGCCUUGGAGGUAGAGAAAAAGCUUUCAGAGGAGGACAAGAAAGCCGAGGACAGAAAGAGCGAAGACGAAAAGAAUGUCGAUGACGAGGAGGGAAUCGCCAUGGAAGUGAACGAAGAGACGAUGGAGCUCGUCGAUGUGCAGCUUGGGGACGGCACUAUCCAGAAAGCCAUCAACAUCAGCAUUGAUCCUUCGUCGGCCGAAUUUGCCAAUCUUGGCGAGGCCGAGGACGACGAAGAAGAAGAAGAUGAAGAAAUCCCCAAGGUCCAUGAUCUUCGUUUGAUCGAUUUCGCCCACGCGCAAUGGACACCCGGCGUGGGCCCGGAUGAGAACAUGCUUUUCGGCAUUCGCAAUCUUGUCAAAAUGUUCGAGGACUUGGCGACAUGA